AUGUCAAAUCCAGCCAUCGAGAUCGCGGAGACGAUCCAAACCGCCUCCAUCAAGCACGACCCAUCACCGACACACGAUAUCAAUCCGCCAACUGCAGCAUCAGAAAGGAUACCGAUCGCCAGAGCUCCCUCUGAAGCUGGAAGUAUACCCUCAGAUAUUGUUGAUCCCAGCCGGGUGAUCAGGCCGUUGACGCGACGGCAUCACUUGCCUCCGCUGCCGGACUUGCGGUUCGAGCAGAGCUAUCUGGCCAGCCUUAGGGGCGCAGACACCUGGGGACGAAUUGCAUGGAUUACGAUCAGGGAUCAGGUCAUCCUCCCCUUGAUGCAGGGCACCCUCUGGACACUAGCUUUGGCCGGAUGGCGACACUGGAACCGCGGUGCCUCCCUGCAGGGGCACACGCUUGGAAGUAGGCUUCGCAGAUGGUGGUACGAAGUCAAUAACUGGGAACUGCCGCGCCCGCGCAAUGUCUUGAGGGACCGUAAGCUUGCCGGUCAGGUACAAGACUACUAUGUGAGCCAAUUCUCGAAUGCUACCAUGGACUGA